AUGAGCUCCGGUAAAACAUGCUACGACAUCGACCCAGCAGGCGACGUGCUCUGCACUUAUACAGGCGACGGCCAAAAAGAGCCCUUCUUAGCCACUAAAACCGUCGUCCCAACCGCCAAAGCCCUCCUCUACGCCUUCUUACCAGCCGGAUAUCCCCACACCGUCACAACCGACUAUCUACCUUACCAGACUUACGACUCCCUCCAGGCGUUUGCCUCGUCCAUCACGUCGUUGCUGGCCUCCCGCGCCGUGUUGGAAGGGUUGGGGGUAGGGAGCAGCGAAGCCUCCCCAACGGGCGCGCUCAUUCUCAAGAUCACGGGCGAUACCAUUUCGAGGAUAGCGACGAUAUUGUUUGCCCACCGCAUGGGCCAGGCGAUAGAGCCGGAAUGUAAAUUCUACCGGUUCCUGGCCGACAUCUUUAACGAUGCGGCUCAGUUUUUGGAUCUGUUGACUCCGGCCCUGCCGUACCUGCCGAAGCUGGGGGUGAUUGUCUCGGCGGGGGUGCUGAGGAGUCUCUGUGGUGUGGCGGCGAAUGCGAGCAAGGCUAGUCUUUCGGCGCACUUUGCUGUCACGGGGAACCUGGCCGAGCUCAACGCCAAGGAGGCGUCCCAGGAAACUGUGGUGUCGCUGUUGGGCAUGCUAGUGGGGAGUCUGGUGGUGAGGUUGGUGGAGGAUAAGCACAAGGUCUGGGGGCUGAUGAUCAUCCUUGCGGGUUGCCAUUUGGCCAUGAAUUACCGGGCUGUCAGGGCGGUGAGGAUGACGAGCCUGAACAGGCAGAGGGCGACGAUUGUGUUUAGGGAGUGGUUGGAGAGCGGGACCGUGUUGAACCCGGCGCAGGUGUCGCAGAGGGAGAGCAUUUUGAUGAACGGGAGGGGGGAGCUGAGCAGCAAGACGGGGGACUACACCGGGUUUUGUGACUUUGCGACAUACGGAGAACUUAAGGGGUGGAACCCGAGGGGGUAUCACAGGUAUGAUCUGGAGACCAAGACGUAUUUUAUGGGAAUAUGGCAUCGCGGCGGGUACUUCUACAUGAAAAUUGCCCUAAAGGAAACUGUCAAGAGUCCGCUGGCGGCUUGGUUCGAUGCCGUCAACCACGCUUAUCACUUUGGAUCCGCCUUCAAGGAUGGACUGGAGAGCCAUUACAAGAGCGAGAAGCCUUUGGGAUACGUGGAUGAGGAGCAGAAGGAGUCAAUAUUUGCAGCUCUCGGGGCCGCUGGGUGGGAUUUGGAAGCAAACGCGCUGGAGACGAGGUUACCAGUAAGGGUACGAGUUGGGGAUAAGAAAGGCACACCGGAAAAGGAGGGGCUUUUGCGGCACCCCGGGCAUCAAGAGUCAAAACAUGAUUGA